AAAGCCGCACAAGGAAGGAGAGGACAUCAGGAGGCUUCCUGCUUGUCAGUUGACUGCGAAAAGGCCGGAAAUUAAGCUUUAACGUUUGGGCUCUUUGAUUCUUUUAGUCGCCUUUAUUUUCCAUUCCCGAAAUGUCGAAGAACGUCAUGUCCGCACGCUUCAGGCGAGUGGACGUGGAUGAGUACGACGAGAACAAAUUUGUAGACGAGGAGGACGGAGGGGAGAACCAGCUGGGUCCCGACGAAGCUGAGGUGGACUCCCUCAUCAGACAAGGAGACAACAUGGCAGCUCUACACGCCGUCCUCAAGAACCCACCAAUCAACACCAAGAACCAGAACGUGAAGGACCGUGCCGAGGGUCUGGUGUUGAAGGUGCUGAGCGCCUUUAAGAGCAGCGACAUUGAGAAAGGUGUUCAGUCUCUGGACAAGAAUGGUGUAGACUUGCUGAUGAAAUACAUAUACAAAGGCUUCGAGAGGCCAUCGGAAAACAGCAGCGCUGUCCUCCUGCAGUGGCAUGAAAAGGCACUGACCUCCGGAGGAGUGGGCUGUAUUGUGCGAGUGCUGACGGCCAGGAAGACGGUCUAAAUGUGGAGCAGAUAUUUGACAGACACACACAAUGUAACAGAUGACAUAUGGACUGCAAGAAAAAUCAGAAAAGGCAAGCCGGUGGGAUUGUGUCAGAUCAAAUUGCAAGACAAAAUCUUAUGUGGGUCGCAUUAGGUUCUCAAAGGAUUUGGCACAUUUAUCUUUGUUCUCCAAGUCAUGUUUGUCACGAAGUGCACUCACGCUUCCCCUGUUUCUAGCAUUCCCUGUUUCUAGGAGCUCUUCAAAUAGGACUAAUGACCCUCAGAGUACUUUUUUUCCCCGUUUUUAAAUACAUGCUUUUUUUUGUCCUGCAAACACAUUCGUGACCAAAUCAUUCAUUGAAAUUUUUUUAAAUGAUAUUGAGCAAAAUCUGCAAUUUUUGCUUAAUGGGAGAGACUAAUAAUAGGUGGGUGAUACAUAUUUGGGCAGUGUGUUUUGGCACACGAACUGUCAAUUAUCAAAAUUAUUGGGGUGUUGCUGACAGGUUUUCCGUACUCGUCGUUUUGCAUAGUUUGUGUGUUCUGUCCCAAAGUUCCAAAUUAAUGCACAUUGAUUUGUCAUUCUCAUCAUUAUCCCAAGCAUUUUGUCUAACCACGGGAAACCUGCUUUUUUUUUUUUUUUUUUUUUGUCUGCCUUAAAAGGUAGAGAGCUCAUCUGUUGCCAAAUGAAACAAUUAGAUUACAUGUCAAUUUAAAUGAAUGCCCUGUGUGG